AUGGAGACGUCCACGUACUCGGGCGAUGGACCGGAUCGUCUCCCCUUUAAUCUCUCGGUUUGUAAGAUUGAUAUUGCGUUAGUGCUAAGGUUGAUUGACGCUCCGACGGCCAAGAUUGAAUCUCUGCUAUCACAGCUUGUCGGCAAAGCCAAAGAAUGGGCCUUUGGGACACUCGUCGUCGACGAGUUGUCGUUCCUCACGAUGAACAAGAUCCAGCGCAACUUACGACUGGCGUUCAAACCUCCUCAAGAUGAGUCGCGCUUGCGUGCAGACUUCUUCAAACUUUGA